AUGGAUCGUUGUCGCCGCGGGCUUCCCUGCCGCUGUUCUUUCCGCGCGGCGGCCUCCUCUUCCCCUCUCAUCCUCCAGUCUUACCUCGGCCCUGCUCUACCUACCUCCGCGUCUAAUCUUCGCGUCCGUUUUGCGCGCGUGCGCGGUCGGCGACGAACUGCAGCGAUGGCGUGUGGCAAGCACGUUUUCCUCGAUCAAGAGCGAAAGUCGGAGGUUCGAAGACGAUCAGAUACCGUCGUAGUUCCGACCGUAAACGAUGCCGACCGGCGAUCCGCCGGCGUUCGCUUCCAUGACCCGGCGGGUAGCCUGCGGGAAACCAGACUCUUUCUCGAUUCGGUGGGUGGUGGUGCAUGGCCGUUCUUUGUUGGUGGAGCGAUCCGUCUGGUUGAUUCCGAUAACGAACGAGACUCCGGCCUGCUAACUAGUGCGCCGAUGUGUGUUUUAUUCAACGGCGGGCUCGGCGUUCAUCGCAGCGCCCGGGUCCGGGUCGGUUUUCUCACGCACUUCUUAGAGGGACGGGUGGCAGAAAGCCACACGAGGCGGAGCGAUAACAGGUAUCAGCGGGGACUUCGCCCCGGCCCGAGAGGGUCGGGAAACCUCUUAACCACCUCCGUGAUAGGGAUCGGGGCCUCGGGCAACCCCGUGAACGAAAUUCCCGGUAGGCGCGGGUCAACAGCCCGCGUCGAUCACGUCCCUGCCCUUUGUACACACCGCCCGUCGCUACUACCGAUCGAACGGUCCGGUGAGGUCCUCGGAUCUGGCCGACGACGCCGCCGGGCAGCGUGCACGUGGCGCAGCGGCUGCGGUCUCCGCCGCCGUUUCACGCGCGUGUCGUAUUCGCCUCGGCGUUCGAUGCCUGGAGAAGACGACCGAACCCGAUCGUUUAGAGGAAGUAAAAGUCGUAACAAGGUUUCCGUAGGUGAACCUGCGGAAGGAGCAUUAUCGAUGACUCGUCGCCGCCGUCGUCGUCGUGUCCGUCGCUUUCAUUUCUCGAAACGCCGUCGGGUCACCCUCUCCCCGCCGCCUUCGGGAGACGACUCGUCGGUCGAGACUCGUAGCGAGCGUGUAUCGCCCAGGCAUAAAGAAGUGGCCGCUGAUGCUGCUCCUCCCUACUCGUCCGACAAAAAAAAAGAAUAUCCUCUGCUCCCUGCGCGAGACGGGCGCCCGUCUCCAGCCGCAUUUACGUCCAGACAUUCCGUUUCACGUACCGCCGCUGCCGCUUCCGCCGCAUCUACGUCCCCUGUGCGGGGGUGGUCGAGUUCGGUUAGACGCGCACGCGAUUCGAUUGAGGCCGCCGCCGCUAACGCCAGCCACGAUCGCGAGAAGACCGAUGCCGCCGACCAGCCUCCGUCUCCCACCGCCGACGUCGACGUGGUGACGUGUACGGUCCACGCCGCCGUCAAUGUCCCCGACAAAAUUUGUGGUAUUUGCCGGGGUGCCAGUCUGCUGUGGACUACUACCGUGUCGGUCGCGCGCGCAACAACUCGGCCUCCUUGCUUCUCCUCGCACACAUUUUUUAACCUGUCACGAAAAAAGCGCGGCCAGCCGCGAGAACUGAUGCGAAUUGCAGGACUCAGUGAACAUCGACACCUCGAACGCACAUUGCGGCCUCGAGAUCCCUUGUAUCGGGGCCCCGUCUGGUCGAGAGGCGGAAAAUGGCAUGUCUUCUCUCUUGAUAGUCGAGAGGCAUCUCACCGUCCCCCGCGUCGUUCUUUCUUCCUUCCUGAAAGAAUUGCCCGUUUCUCACGCGGAGGAAACCGGGACGUCGCAGGUGGAAUAGGAGUAGGAGGAGGCUGCUGCUCUUCUUCUUCUUCUUCUUCUUCUUCUUCUUCUUCUCCCUCCUUCGUCUCCGCUUGGGGUCGCUGCCGUACGACCGCGAACAGACCAGCGCCGGCGCGGACGUCGUUUCGCUCUGGGUCACCGGCGGGGCGUCGGCGUCUGUCGGCGCUCUUGCCGCCGCCGGCCUCCACCGCCGCCGCACCCUCCGCCGCUGCCGAAUUCGCUGCCAGCAAACACUGCCGCCCUUUGGCUCGGACGAGACGACCCGCUGAAGGCGGCGAUUCGCUAAGCGGAGAAAAGCCUGCUGCUUCCGCCGUGGCGGCCGUCGAACUCCUCCCAACGUCGAAUCCUCGCGAUCAAAGGCACCUUUCCAUCGCUCGGCGCAUGGGUCGAUGGCGCUUUUCCGUCUCGACGCUUCACAUUCCCUCGAUCGGCCGGCACCGGCGGGUGCCAGGCCCAUUCGGUCCGGACGGUCGAGCGACGGCCCGAUCCCGGCGUGCAGCGAACGUGAAACCGCCCUGGGGUAAACGGGGACCGCUCACCGCCAUCGCUAUCCGUUGCACGUGGCCCAAACCGGUUUCUUGUUGCCGGACGAUCCGCGCGGCGGCGCCCAUCACAGGCCUCAGCGGACGUCGUUCUCGGGCGCGCGGCGGGGAAACGCUGUUUGUCGGGAGCUGCCGGCGGCAACCGACCUCGACGCACCGGAUUUGCUUUUGCGCUUCGCCGCGGAGAAAACGUCCGCAGGAACGAGGAGCGCGCGUCGGACGCCAAAAUCUGGGCGCCGCUGUCGCUGCUGGGUCGCUGCUGCCGCCGCUGUGGCGGCGAUUCGCGUCGUCUGCUGCUGCUGCCGCCCGUCACCUCGCUCCCGUCGUGGCUCCUCCUCAUCGGCGAUCCAUCCGCACCAGUCCUUUGCUCGGCAUCGGACCGCGCGGGCCUUCCCAUUCGACGCUCAGUUCCGCACGGCGGCACCGAAGAACCCCCUCGGUCCGUUCAGACCCGUUCCCAGCGAGAGGUCGACGCGCGGAAGGCGCACCUAAACUCCACCCCUGGUUGUCGCGGGCGGAGCGUUUCCGGCAGGCCCGCGAGCUUCCUUCCGCCUGCCUACGGAGGUGCCCAAUUCCGUUACCGGCGCGAACCGUCUUCUUCCCGUCGUUCGUUUUCCCGGCGCUUCCUCCGUCCGUCCCCUCGGUUCCUCCACGUUUCCCGCGCCGCGAGAUGACGCAGGGGGAUUCGGGGGAAACUCACGGGGGCUUCCGGCGCGGUGCAGCCUCGAACUUCCCUCCAUCGCCCACCGGUGAGUCUCGUCGCGUCGUCUUCUCCGCGUCCGGUCGUCGAAAAUAG